UCCCAGGAAGGGCCAGGCCCAGCCCGGAUGGGGAGACAGCCUUGUGCUGAGGCCUCAGGGUGGCUGGGAACUAGGCCAAGGCUGGGGCUGGGCCAGCUUAGGGAGCUGGACCUCGGGGGCAGAGCCAAGCCUGGAGAGGGCAAGGCUGUGGGGAAGGGGAGGGCUUUGGUGUCCAGCCAGCAGCUGGGGGAGUCCCUGCGGAAGGCCUCUCCCUGCUAGAGGCUCAGGAGCUGGAGCCACCGGGUGAGGAGGUGCAAGAAAGGGGCUUGGGGUUUCCUGUGUCCAGGGGUGGCUCCCACAUCUGCCAAGAGCACUGCCCUGGGCCCAGGUGUCCCCUCCUGCUGCCACCAGCCCUGCACAGCUCUGCCCUGGGGACCCUGUUUCCCUGGUCUCCAUCCAUCUGGUUCUCUCCAGACCCUGGCAUCUGUCGCAAGGUCAGCCCCACCUGGGCCUUGUGGACCCAGCUCCUGACCUAGCAGCCCUGGGGAAGGAGAGAAGGACGUCAGGUGGCACUAGAGCCACCAAAGAAAUUGGGCCAGUGGUCCUGGGCCGGCCGUGACUACAGGCAAGCUAGUUGGGUCUCCACCGGCUUUGUCAACUUAGGCUCCCGAGAACCCGCUCAGGAGAGGCUCUAGGCUCUGCAUGACACAGAGGGCGGGGCCUGGGCCUCUCCCAUCGGGGCAGCAGGAGGUGGCAAGGGCGGGCGGAAGGUGUGGGGGAAUACUGGCUGGCUAGGACGCUUCCUGGAGCACUUCCGCCUGCCCCAGGUAUGUGACCCAACCGGCUCUUCUGGUUCCUUGGGGUCAGGCUGGGCAGCGCCUGCUGUGUCGCUGGGUUAAACUGACAAUGGGGAUUGGGGGCAGAGGCCCGGUUAGGCCAGCCCUGGGGAGGCAUGAGGCUUGGCGAGACACACACAGACACACACGCCAAAACCGGGUCCCAGGUACCCAUAGGUCACCAUGUCUCAGCUGUGUACUCCCUAGGUGCCAGGACCCAGGAAGCUUGUGGUCCAGCACUGGGGGGAGAGGGCCCCUCAGAACUGUCUGUGCAGGACGCAGAAGGCCCACCCCAAUGAUGGCAGUCACCUGCAAGAGCCCUGGGAGGAGGCGGGUGCAGCUCUCCUCACCUCACUUGCUCUGCCCCAGGACUGCCAGAGCUCAGAGGUGGCGACAGCUCUCCCAAUCAUCCCUGUCCCCAGGAUGUCUGGCUGGGUUGGAAUGCAGAGGGGACAGCCCAGCCCCUGGCCCAGGCCCAGCCUGGACUGCUUCUUUAGGGCUGAAUCAGGCCAGGACUCAGCUCGGGGCUGGGUUUAGACUUCUGGACCCUGCUGGGGCCUCCUCAGGCUGUCCACACCUGCCGGAUACCCCUGCUCAGCCGGGUUGGAGAUCAGGGUGAAGGACCCUUCCCCUCCCCUUGCAAACCCGCCAUCUCCUGGGAAUCAUGCCCCUUCCCCAGGGCCCUGAUGGGCAAAGCCAGACUGCAGACCCUCAGGCUUCAGGCUGGCCGCUCAGCACCAGAAGCCAGGGCAGGAGGACCUCUCAUAAGCCCCCCGUGGGCACCAUGCCCGGGGAAACCUCUGUGUGGCUCCCCAACUCCCCUCUCCCACAUAGAGAUCACUUACAGGCCACCACGCCUGUCCCUGGUCCCGCCCCCUCCAGGACCUGCUUCUAGGUCAGGCCUGGGCACAACUUCCUGGGAGGACCAGUGGCAGGUGCUGCAGGCUGGGCCCCACUGAGGCAGCCAUGGCUGGGGGGGUGUGGGGCCGGGGCCGGGCCCGGGGCGCCCCUGUUGGGGCUCUAACCCUGACAGCCCUGGCUGAAGGGAUCCGGGCCAGUCAGGGACAGCCCGUGAGACUCCCUUCCAAGGACCCUCAGCCUGAACCUGAGCUUGAACCUGAGACAGAGCCUGGGCGUGUAGCUGCCAGCCCCACAGCUGCCCAGGAGCCCUGCUCCCUGCCCCAUGCACAGGAGCCAGCCCCUGAGGGGCCCUAUCAGGCCCCGCAGAGUUCCUGGAAGGAGGGGGCCUUGGCUGAUCUGGCAUUGUAUACAGCUGCCUGCCUGGAAGAGGCUGGCUUUGCUGGGACGCAGGCCACAGCGCUUACCCUGUCCUCAGCCCUGGAAGCCCAGGGGGAGCGGCUGGAGGACCAGGUGCAAGCCCUGGUGCUGGGGCUGCUGGCGCAGGUGCCCAGCCUGGCCGAGGGGAGGCCCCGACGGGCAGCCUUGCGGGUGCUGAGCGCGCUGGCCCUGGAGCACGCACAGGAUGUCGUGUGCGCGCUGCUGCCCUGCUCGCUGGCCCUGGACCGGGCGGCGGCAGAGCUGUGGCGCAGCCUGAGCCGGAACCAGCGCGUGAAUGGGCAGGUGCUGGUGCAGUUGCUGUGGGCGCUAAAGGGCGCGGCUGGACCUGAGCUGGAGGCAUUGGCAGCCACUCGCGCCCUUGGGGAGAUGCUGGCUGUGUCCGGCUGCGUGGGCGCUACACGCGGCUUCUACCCGCACCUGCUCCUUGUGCUGGUCACGCAGCUGCAUGAGUUGGCCCGGGGCGCACGCUCCCCCAACACCUCCAAGGUUUGGACCCCAUCCCAGCAAGGGCCACGGCACAGCCACGCCAGCUGCACAGUGGAGGCCUUGAAAGCCCUGCUCACCGGGGAUGGCAGUCGUAUGGUGGUCACAUGCAUGGAGCAGGCUGGAGGCUGGAGGAAGCUGGUGGGAGCCCACACCCACCUGGAGGGUGUCCUGCUGCUGGCCAGUGCCAUGGUGGCCCACGCGGACCACCACCUGCGAGGCCUGUUCGCUGACUUGCUGCCCAGGCUGCACAGCGCCGAUGACACGCAGCGCCUCACGGCUAUAGCCUUCUUCACCGGGCUGUUGCAAAGCUGGCCCACCGCGCGGCUUCUGCGGGAGGAGGUCAUUCUGGAGCGACUCAGCGCCUGGCAGAGUGACCCCGAGCCCACCGUGCGCUGGCUGGGCCUGCUUGGCCUCGGCCACCUCGCGCUGAACCGCCGGAAGGUGCGGCACGUGAGCGUGCUGCUGCCCGCACUCCUGGGCGCGCUGGGCGAAGGCGAUGCGCGGCUUGUGGGGGCCGCGCUGGGCGCGCUGAGGAGGCUCCUGCUGCGGCCACGGGCGCCCGUGCGGUUCCUGAGCACAGAACUGGGGCCGCGCCUCCCACGGCUGCUGGACGACGCUCGGGACUCGGUCCGCGCCUCUGCAGUCGGGCUCCUUGGGACACUGGUGCGGCGGGGUCGGGGCGGGCUCCGGGUGGGGCUCCGAGGCCCCCUGCGGAAACUGGUACUGAAGAGUCUCGUGCCGCUGCUGUUGUGCCUGCAUGACCCCAGCCUGGACGCUUCUGAGAGCUCAGAGUGGACCCUGGCGCGCUGUGACCACGCCCUGCGAUGGGGCCUGCUGGAGGAGAUGGUCACUGUGGCCCAUUACGACAGCCCUGAGGCCUUGAGUCGCAUCUGCCACCGCAUGGUGCACUGGUACCCGAGCCACGUGCCCAGAUUCCUGAGCCAGACCCAGGGCUACCUGAGGAGCCCACAGGACCACCUGCGCCGGGCAGCUAGCGUGCUCAUAGGCUUCCUUGUCUAUCACACCAGCCCCAGCCACGUCAACCAGGACCUGGUGGAUUCCCUGUUCCAAGACCUGGGGCAGCUGCAGAGUGACCCCGAGCCGGCCGUGGUCGCCGCUGCGCAAGUAUCCUCCCAGCAGGUGGCGCUGCUGGUCCGCGCACAGGGCCCUCGGCGGCGCCUGAGUUUCCGCCGCCUUCGCCUUCGCCUUCGCCCCGCCAGCCCCUCCCGGCCCCUGCCAGUCUACCCCGACAGUCCCUUCCGGCGCCGGAGUGUCGCAAGCCGCUGGGGCUGCUCCGCACCCGGUUGAGCGGACCCAGCGCCCUCCCUCCGGGUGGGAGUCAUGGGCCUGAGCCUGGCACCCCACCGCUCUGUUGCCAGUCCUGGCCCACUCCACUUGAAGGGCACCCUGGGCCUGGUGCUGGAUGCCAGUGUCUGCCCCCUGGAGCCACUGCGUGGCCUGAUGCACACGAAGACACCUCCAGGAGCUCACCACCGUGAUGGCCACGUGCCCUAGAGUGACAGCAGUGUUUCUGUCUGUACCAUUUCACUUUCAGCCCACUUGCCUCUUGCCUCUCCCGAGCCGGGGUCUGAUGGGGGACACUGACGCUGGCACAGCCCUGUGAGCUGCUGCUCUGAUAGGCUGCCUGCUGCCUGAGCCUCUGCCCCAACCUGCUGAGGCUCCCUGCCUGUCUGGCCCCUGCUGGCUACCCAGCAGCCCUGCACUGCCCACCAGUUCCCCUACUCCUUGUCAGCCCGUGUCCUGGCCCAGGUCCUCUCUGCUCAGAAAACAUUGACCUGUAUCCCUGUCCACACCUGCUGCCCCACCAGCCUGGCACCAUUCCCAGACACCCCCACUACCGCUUAUUGUGUCAGCCCCGCAUGAGCUGACACAAUAAGUGAAGCCCUGACCCCUUGCUUCACUGGACACCACAGGCCUGGGUUAGGUGUGGGGUGUCAGCAUCUGCACCCCUGCCACACUGAGCCUUCAUGCCAGGGUUGGGAAGAAGGCGUGACUGGACGUACAGGGAAGAAAUCCCUCCGCAGGCCACCCAAGCUGUGACCAGGCCCCUUUGGGCCCUGGCCCUGGGGGUUCCUCCACCCAGAAUGUUCAUCUUGAAAUGCCCUCCUCCCGGGACCUGCCGCCUCACAGAGGCCUCGACAAUUUGAGGGCUGGGGUCAGUCCCUCCAGACUGGGGACACCUCAAGGGCAGGUCUGGGGUCCUGCCUGCCCCCUAUGGAAACUGUCUGAAGUAAAGAGCUGUGGAUCAAA